AUGUCCGACCAAGAGCCGCCUACACCCACAUCCUCCCCAGGUGAAAGUAAAGGCAAUGGUGUUCAUCAGCACAGCGCGCUCCCGCGUCGAGGAUUUACUACAGACUCUGUGGUCACGAUGGAGUCAGGGGUCGAGGAAGGGAAACAAUUUCCCCCGCCUCCCUACCAGCCUGAAAAGUUUGCUAAUUAUGUGGUAUCGGCAUUCUAUCCCCUCACCGUCUUCAUCGCGGCCUUGCCCAUCCACCAGAAUAACACUCUUCCCAAAGUCGGCCUCAUCCCACACCUGCUGCUUACGACGACUUUCUGCUUGUGCAUCCUGUCCUCCGUCUUCCUGGCCAUUAACCACGUUGCUCAGAGUAUCACCGCCAUUUCAUGGUGCUGCGCCCUGGUUGGCCUUUGGUUAAGCGUCCAAUCCUUCAACAUCGGCAGUGGUGAAGAGGCUCUCGUUUGCUGA